CGUGCGGUGAUCGUGUCAUUCUCGAGUUUGUCUACGGAUUUCAUCGGUGUAUCUCCUUUCGGGUCUCGUGGUGCGAAAUAAUCGGUUUUUUUACCGUUUUCGCGUCGUGAUCAUCCUCGUUGACGUGUUGUGGACAACAUCGUCAGCGACCUCUUCGUCUAGCUGCGUGCUACUGGGCUGCAAAUUUUUCAAGCCACGUGGCCGAGACGUAUCUCGGCAUAAUUAACAUCAUUACGUCCAAGAGCGAACCAACCACUAUGUCGAAGCUCUACGUGGGCAAUCUACCGUCGGAUUGUAAUGAGAGUGCCCUCCGGCAACUCUUUCAGGAUCAUAAUUUGUCGUGUACAACAAUCUUGGUGAAACGAGGCGGAUACGCAUUCGUUGAUUGCACGGAUCAGUCUGUGGCCGAUCGUGCAAUCGACAAACUUAACGGAUAUACGUAUCUCGGAUCAGCCCUUGUCGUGGAGCCAUCUGUAGCCAGUGGACCUAAGAAACGUACUUCAUCCUCAAAGGUAAUCGUGAACAACUUCCCAGCUCAGGCCAGAAUAGAAGAUAUCGAAGCUUUAUUUUCGAACUGUGGACAAGUGCAGUCCGUUGAAAAGUUAUCCUCCCGAGACCCCAACACCCAAACCGUCCUAAUCAGUUAUGAGACGCAGGAACAAGCACAACAGGCUGUGAACCAAUUUAAUGGCCACGAAUACGAAGGUAGCCCACUAAAAGUGGAAAUGUCUACGGUGGAGAACCGACGAAGAGGCCGCAGCCAGCGAAGCGGCGUAGCUUAUUCAGGAGUUUCGGGUUCUGGGCGGCAAGCAGAUUUCCCGCUUCGUAUUCUCGUUCAAUCGGAAAUGGUAGGAGCCAUAAUUGGUCGUCAAGGAUCGACCAUACGUCAGAUCACUCAGAUGACGCGCGCACGAGUAGACGUUCAUCGAAAGGACAGUCUUGGCGCGGCAGAGAAAGCCAUCACUAUCUAUGGUAAUCCAGAGAAUUGUACGAACGCCUGCAAGAAAAUCAUGGAAGUCACGCAGCAAGAGGCUUACGGUUUGAGUAAGGGUGAGAUAUCAUUAAGGAUCCUCGCGCACAACAAUUUGAUCGGUCGAAUCAUCGGAAAGGGUGGCACUACCAUUAAAAAGAUCAUGCAAGACACCGACACCAAAAUAACCGUAAGCAGUAUCAACGAUAUCAACAAUUUCAAUCUUGAACGCAUCAUCACGGUAAAAGGCAGCAUCGAUAAUAUGAGCAAAGCCGAAUCGAUGAUCUCCAACAAAUUGCGUCAGAGUUACGAGAACGACUUGCAGGCAAUGGCUCCCCAGAGUUUGAUGUUCCCGGGACUCCAUCCCAUGGCGAUGAUGUCCACUGCUGGGAUGGGAUACAGUUCACGUGGUCCUGGUUUAUACGGUUCUGGCCCAGCUCCCUAUCCGUAUCAGGCUAGUUUGCCGACUCAACAGGGUAUUCCGAUAGGCGAUACCCAAGAAACUGCUUUCCUUUAUAUUCCAAAUACCAGCGUAGGUGCCAUAAUAGGAAGCAAGGGUUCUCACAUCAGAAACAUUAUCAGAUUCUCCGGCGCCAGUGUGAAAAUCGCACCUAUCGAGCAGGAUAAACCUGUGGAUCAACAAAAUGACAGGAAAGUAACCAUCGUCGGGUCUCCCGAAUCUCAGUGGAAGGCUCAAUACUUAAUAUUCGAGAAAAUGCGCGAGGAAGGAUUCGUAGCCGGGACGGAGGACGUCCGAUUAACAAUCGAAAUUCUCGUGCCGAGUACUCAAGUUGGCCGAAUCAUUGGCAAGGGUGGACAAAAUGUUAGAGAAUUGCAACGUGUAACUGGAAGUAUCAUAAAGCUAUCGGAGCAACAAUCUACAUCUCCUUCUGCCGACGAAGAGGCCACCGUCCAAAUAAUUGGCCCCUUCUUCUCUGUUCAGUCGGCACAGAGAAGAAUUCGCGCCAUGGUUCUACAAUCCUCUGGUGCACCUGGAGCAGGUGUUGCUGGCUCACGCGCUGGUCGUGGUAGCAGCCAAGAAGCUUCACGUUCUCGAAGAGACGGCAGUGCCACAUCUCAACAAGGCGGUACAACGACGCAACAACAUCCGACUCAGCAACAGUCGAGCACUUCGCCCUCCAGCCAACAGCAGCCACAAAAUCAGUAACAUCACUGAAACUUACCUGACGCCGACCAAAACGCCUCUCGGAAUCCGUUUUAAUCGCCGGGGUGGCCUCGUCGCUUUCACAUUCUCUUCUCGUCAAGAGAAGGCUACGUGCGACCUCCUUCUCGCGGGCUAUGUAUCCUUCGAUGUGCAUAACACGGGGGGCACAUCACGAAAACUAUUAGUUCAAAAUGUCAUACAAUAUAUAUACACACGCAAUAGGAUUCGAUAAUCUUCAAAAUCGUAUAAGUUUGAUUCAGAACGGUAAGAGGGGGAUACGAUCGAUGGCGCGUUUCUUUUCUUGUUUUUGGUGUUUUUUUUUUUUUUUUUUUUUUUUUUUUUAUCUCCUUUUUUCCUUUUUAUUUAAGUUUGGAUACGCGAGUUCAUAUAUCGUAAGAGUCUUUUGUCGCUAUUUUUCGAGAAUGUACGAAACAUAGAGCGUCGUUUUUUUUUUUUAGAUAGAUUUUUGUAACAGAAUACGCUAUAAAUUAUUGACUUAUUGCCAUUGAUCGUGACACUCGGCUUACAUCGCUAUUAAUAAAGAGUCGAACGGCUCGGGAUACACAGCUCUGAGGUAAAAGCGAUGCAGGGUACCGCGUUGAAUCAGACGGAAGUGCACGUCAGCUAAUCGAAACCGCAUCACGCGAGACGAGGUGAGACGAAAAAUUCCUGCCUAUUCGAAGCAGGAAUUAAGUUAUAAUCAAUUCUUCCGUCGAAAAGAUACACAGGCCGUUCGCUCACUUCUUUCUACGCGAAUUGCGACAUGUUUCGUUGCGAGUUCGCUUUUAUCAAGAGAUAAAGCGACGGGUGAUACUCAAACGAAGCGAUUUCGCAGCAUUAACGAAACCACCUCGUCGAUGAAAUAGGAUACGACGAUAAGAAAAAAAAAAAAAAAAAAAAAAUAAGCAUACACAACCUUAUUACCUCAUUCAUUACGGUUAAAGAUUUAAUAUGAUAAUGAAAAGUGAAACGAGAGAAAGGAUAAAAAUCAACUAAUCUUUAAAAAAAAAAAAAGAAGUCUACCUAAUAUUAAAGUUAUAAUAAUAUACAGAGAAGUUAAGUAACGAUUACACAAUUACGUUAUACAUGUUACUACAACUAUUA